UGCUGCUAUGGCUUCCAGCGGGGUUGGCGUGAGCGCUGCCGGCGCGCCAAAUGAAGCACCCGAAAUUCCCGACAACGUGGGAGAUUGGCUCCGGGGCGUUUACCGCUUCGCCACCGACAGGAACGAUUUCCGGAGGAACUUGAUCCUCAAUUUGGGACUUUUUGCCGCAGGCGUUUGGCUGGCCAGGAAUUUGAGUGACAUUGACCUAAUGGCACCUCAGCCAGGGGUGUAGCCAAAUAGACACAUGGGACCCCCUGUGCUCUCCUUGAACCUUCCAAAAACAGAGCCUCCAAUCUGUGACCGGCACAAGACUUGCCCUGAUGGAAGUUGAAGUUUCAUUCAGACGGGCACCUUCCCUUCCCAAUUUCCUUUUCUCCACUGAGCCCACUCAGAAUUCCGUUCUCUGGUCAGCAGUCACGUUGCAACCCAAGUGUUGUCCUCUGUUCUGUAAAGUUCUGUACAUAGUUCCUAAGUUUCUGCAGGGGGUGAUCUUUGCUCUUGUCCUGAGGAAUACCUAAUGGUAUUUUAACAAAUAUUUGGAAUAAAGACUGUACACAAAGAA